GUUUGACAUCGAUAAAUGCGUGCGAGUGCUCGCGAAGCGCGGAGGUGUCAGGCUGUCGCUCGCUCGCUCGUCCGCUCGUUCGUUCCGAAUCGUUGAUCCGUGCGAAUCGCCGUCGUCCUCGUGUUAACCCGUCAUCGUGUUUUCAAUCGUCGCGCUGCAUCGCGAUAACGCCGUCGAUUCUCCGCCGUCGUGUGGCCGUGUCGCUCGAUCGCCUCUCCGCGUUCGGCAUUGUUCGUUGUCCGAUCAAGCCCACCUCCCCUCGCCCCCGCGUCACCGCCGCCGCCACCAAGCGCCCCUCCGCCCCCGUGGGAAACCUGCGAGAGAGAGAGAGAGCUAGCACUGGGCAGAGCUGAUCGUCCGCACAACAAAGUGAACAGGCACCGUUUGUAAUCGCGGUAAAUGUGGUGACACACGGCGUGGAAGGAGAGGGCAAGAAGAAACCGAAGGAUAAAACACGAAUUGGGAAACAACGCUUCCGAUUAGUUUGGUGAUCUGACGGUGUUUCACACGGACGAUAAAAACAAACAAAAAUAAAAGAACAUUCCAACGAAGAAACGGAAUUUCAAAUGUUGCGUGCAAACGUUUAGUGAUCGACACCCAUUCGACAUUGUCAACAUAAAGAAGAGAGAGAGAGAAGAGAGAAAUUUGAAGGGAGAGAGAACAACUGCGAAAAAAGGGACGCGAAUGAAAAUAUCUUGAUUUUGAGCCGAGGCUCCUCCAGAGGCACAGCGCUUCUCCGUGUAUAUUCACAUCCAUCCUCACGCUUCUCGCUUGCGUGCGCGUCGUCAUCGUCGUCUCACGCGUCUCUCGCCGCUCGUGCGCGCAGUUACGCGUCCGAGAGUAGCCGAGGUUACGCGAGCUCGCCCGAGGUGGCGCGGCACGGCGGCCGAAGACAUCACGAUUACGUAUCCCGCGGCCCUCCCCCUUCAUUCUCGCCCAGGCGCCCGUCGUACGCGCACGUGCGCGCGCGCGCGUGUGUGUGUGUGUCUGUGUGUGUGAGUGCGCCUGCCUGCGUGCGCCGCCGCCACCGCGUGUGUGUGUUGCGUUGAAACGUCGCGUGUGUCCGGAGCGUGUUGUGUGAGGCGGGAGGAGGAGGAGAAGAAGAAAGAGCGAGCGUGAACGGAAGCCGCCAGGAUUACGCCAAACCGAGGAAAUAUGAGCAUUGCUGCCCUACUGCAGGCCGCCGAGUACAUUGAACGAAGGGAAAGAGAAGCUGAACAUGGCUAUGCUUCAACGAUGCCAAUACCCGAUGAUAUGCGCACGGUUACAAAGAGGCCAAAGACAAAGAAGUCCCAAGGCAGCAGGACGACUCAUAAUGAAUUGGAGAAAAAUAGGAGAGCUCACCUUAGGACUUGUCUCGAGAAGUUGAAGCUGCUGGUACCACUUGGGCCGGAAACUUCGAGGCAUACCACGUUGGGCCUUUUGACCAAGGCCAAGCGUUUUAUCAAGAAUCUAGAGGAACGCGAUCGGAAGCACAUCAUACACAAGGAACAGCUGUCGCGCGAGCACAGGUUCUUGAGACGACGGCUCGAGCAGCUGACGAGCCAGACCGGCCUCCACGGCCUUCACGCGCUUCACGGCCUCCACGGGCUCAGCACGAGCGCGCCGACCGGCUCAGCCACCGCAGCGGCCGCCGCCGCCGCCGCUGCUGCAUCCGCGGCGAUGCUGUCUAAGCGGCGCAGCAUCUCCGAGUGCUCCCUCGGCACGGCAUCCACCAGCUCCACCGGGAGCUCCAUAAACUCCGAUAGGUCUGCGGGCAGUCCAUCCGUCUCGGAGUCCGACGAAGUGGAUGUGAUCGGUUACACGAGCAAUCAAUCGGACACCGAUGAUCACAGUAGCGUACAGAGUAGUAGCGACAGCGGUGUCGCGAUGUCCACCUCCAGGCUGACUCUUUCCGAAAUGAUGGACAAUCUUUAGACAAAGAGGCGGCGAGAUGGCGGCGAAAGAAGAAGCGGUUGAAAAAGAGAAAAGGAUAGGGGAGGGAAAGAUAGAGCGAAAGGAAGAACAUCCAUUGGGGCGUAUGAAAAUUGACGGCGCGAGAAAUAUCGAUUCAUACACACAUAAACAUAUACACACAAAAUGCACAUUUAAAUUCAUAUUUGUGUCCUUCCAAAAUGGCCUGGCUGGCAAAGCAACAUUAAAGAAGAAGAAGAAGACUUUCAAGCGUUGCACGACUUUGCGAAGACUUUCAGAGAACGAAGAAGAUUUCAAAACCCGGAAAUCACUGAAGAGUAGGAGGCGUUGUAAAAAUUCGGAAGAGCUCGGAAGACAUCAAUCCUAACGCGAAGAAAAAGAAGAAAUAAGGAAGAUGAAGUCGUCGUGAUAUCAUCCCGGUACUAGCCUACAACAAGAACUACGUAAAGAACAAGUAAUCUUUGAUACUUUGGAAUCGUUCAAAAUUUACAUCAAGAGGUAUAACUGAUCCGACAAAUAUUUAUUUAAA